AUGGUCCUGCAUCGUUGUCACCUUGCCGGUACUGAGAAGCGUUCACACGAAACGAACGAUCCUUGUGUGCGUCACUCGGAUGUUGUCGGUAGUGUUGGUCGGAAUCCUACCGUCCGUUCUCCUGUCUGUGUAAAAGCUCCUGACCAGUCAGACGUAGGUGGAGCUUCUAUGAUUCAUUCCUUCACUGGAUUUACUAAUUUGCAGUUUUUAUAUGCGUUCGUUUUUCUUUCUUCUCGUUAA